AUGGCAUUUGUGUUAACGCCCAUUGCAGAAGUGGAAGGAAAAACAACAGAAUCUGGAACGCUGUUUGAAAUGCAGGACGACAGCUGCACGAGGAAGGUUUACAUUCGUAGCAAGUCGUGGAACAAUUUUAAAGAUUUCUCCUCGGAUCUGCAUAUCAAAGGCGGCUCGUCCGCGUUUUCCAACAUGAGCAACAAGGUUCUCGCCAAGUUAGGGGAGUGGUAUCACCAACGGUAUAUUGAGAAAUGCGAAGACAAAGAAAUUCCGCUAAAGCGGCAAGCGGUUUCGCACCUGGGACUGCAAGAAGACGGUGUUACUUUCGUUUUUGGUCCGGACAUAAUUUUCGUCCCUUUUGAGGGUGGAAUGGUGUUAGCCGACACCGAUAAAUGUGCAUAUCACAUUCUUGGAUCAGCAUGUUUUACGGAGUCCUGA